CAGGUGUUGUGAUGGCAGACACAGCCGUUCAGAUGAGCAGAGUCGGAGAUCUGGACAACAAUGUGUCCACCAGGACGAGCUCCUCAUCGGCCAGACGAGGAGCGACCGUGAGCUUCCACAGCAUCAGCUACAGCGUGAAGAUGAAGAGCGGCUUCCUGUGCAAGAGGAAGCUCACGCAGAAGAACAUCCUCAUCCAGCUCAAUGGUAUCAUGAGGCCAGGACUGAAUGCCAUAUUAGGAGCCACCGGGAGCGGGAAAUCAUCGUUUCUGGACGUUCUAGCUGCUCGUAAGGAUCCUGCUGGUCUCUCUGGAGAGGUUCUUAUCGACGGAGCUCCACAACCUCCAAACUUCAAAUGUCUGUCUGGAUACGUAGUGCAGGAUGACGUGGUCAUGGGGACGCUGACCGUUCGCGAGAAUCUUCGUUUCUCAGCAGCUUUACGGCUCCCGAGGUCGAUCCGUCAGCGAGAAAAAGAUGAGAAGGUUGAGAGACUGAUUCAGGAGCUGGGGUUGAGCAAAGUGGCCGAUUCACGGGUGGGCACGCAGCUGAUUCGUGGCAUUUCAGGCGGAGAGAGGAAGAGGACGAACAUCGGCAUGGAGCUGAUCAUUGAUCCGCCGGUGCUUUUCCUGGACGAACCCACCACCGGCCUGGAUGCCAGUACAGCCAACUCUGUCCUCAUGCUGCUCAAGAGAAUGGCGAACAGCGGUCGCACCAUCAUCCUGUCCAUCCAUCAGCCGCGGUACUCUAUCUACCGGCUGUUCGACAGCCUCACGCUGCUGGUGGGAGGAAGGCUGGUGUAUCACGGGCCGGCUCAGGAUGCCCUGGACUACUUCAUGCAGAUCGGAUACACCUGUGAACCUCAUAACAACCCUGCUGAUUUCUUCUUGGAUGUCAUCAAUGGAGACUCCACCGCCGUCACUCUCAACAAGUUAAACGACAAUGAGGACCUGGACCAGGAGCAGCUGAGUUCAUCUCUGAAGGGCAUCGAGGACAGUUUGGUGGAGGAAUACAAGAACAGCUCCAGUUACAAACAGACCAAAAGCGAGCUGGAGCGAAUCGUUCAGGGACAGGACUACAGCACUCGACCCAAAUCCAGAACCAUCACCUACAACACGUCCUUCUUCCACCAGUUCAACUGGGUUCUCAAGAGAACCUUCAGGAACCUCAUGCUGAACCCGCAGACCUCAUUCGCUCAGAUAGGAGUGACGAUUUUCCUGGCUCUGGUUGUUGGAGUCAUAUUUUUUGGAGUGAAGGAUAAUUCGAGCGGCAUUCAAAACAGGAUAGGCGUGCUCUUCUUCAUCACCGUCAAUCAGUGCUUCAGCUCUGUUUCCUCAGCUGAACUCUUCAUCGCAGAGAGGAAUCUGUUUGUGCACGAGUACAUCAGCGGAUACUACAGAGUGUCGGUGUACUUCCUGUCUAAGAUCCUGUCUGACAUCCUGACUCUGCGCACCAUCCCGGCCUUCAUCUUCAGCUGCGUGGCGUACUGGAUGAUCGGACUGAAGGCGUCUGCCGAGGCGUUCUUCAUAUUCUUGUUCUCCAUCAUUCUGGUGUCGUACACAGCCACGUCCAUGACUCUAGCCAUCUCUGCUGAUCAGACAGUGGUGGCCAUCGCUAACAUCUUCAUGACCAUCAGCUUUGUCUUUAUGAUGGUGAAGAAGCACACAAACACACACACUCUCUCUCACACACAAACACACACACUCUCUAAAACAAUGUCUAUUUGUGGCUGAUGAUGAUGAUGAUGAUGAUGAAUGUUCUUGCAGGCUUUGGAAAUCAAUGAGUUCACCGGUCUCACCUUCUGUGACAAGAGGAACACGAGCGGUGUAGAAACACAAGUCUGUUCGACAGGCGAGGGCUUUCUGAGCGAUCAGGGCAUUGAUUACUCAACCUGGGGUUUGUGGCAGAAUCAUUUGGCUCUGGGAAUCAUGACCCUCAUCUUCCUCAUCAUCGCUUACCUCAAGCUGCGCUUCAUCAAGAAAUUCUCCUAAACACAAGCUUGUGGUCUUCCUCACACACUCCGACAACAUCCACCACAUCCAACAGAUAUUACACGCACUGUUUCCCACUCAAACACCAUCGUAUGCUGAAGGAAAUCAUACAAACACAUCCAGUCAUGCUGCAGAAACAAAUCAUGUGAAGCAUUGACAUUGCUCAGGUUUAUUGUUCUCAACUUUUCACACUAAAGAUGUGUAUCAGAAAUCUAUUUUUUUGUUAUGUUCAAACUAUUUUACUUUUUUUCCCAAUGGAUUAUUCAGUAACAGUACAGUAAGUAAAUAUGGCAAUAUAGAGUUACUCCAGUUUGACACCUUUUAGUUGGGUUUGUUUGCUGUACAUGUUUUUUGUAAGU